AUGAAUGCAGAGGGAGUUUCUACUUCAAAUUGUAGUAGAAUUCUUAUGGGUACUUAUCACGAUAAUUCUGUGAACGCUGCCAAGUGGGGAUGCUUUAUUGGUGAUAGGAUUAAGGUGCCAAAAAGUGCUAAAAGAUUUUUGACAGAUGUCAGUUUGAGUUCUGGAAAUGUAGAGGGUAGAUCUGAGAGAGAUGAUAGAAAAUAUGAAGAUUAUCAAUAUGUAGAAGAAUUAAAUAAGGUACAAAAGAGUUGGAAGGCAUCAAUCAAUAAUCAAUUUAAAGGAAUGACAAUUGGUCAAUUGAAAAGUAUUUAUCUCAAAAAACAAAAAAGAGUUUCUAUUGCAUCCAGAGAUUUUAUCAACAAUGAAUUGAAAAAGAAAGCUACCACCCGUCAUCCCUCAUCUGGAGGUCAAUUCAUAUUCAAUGGUGAAAUUGACAGAUAUGAAUGGAUUAGUGAUGAGGAAAUUUCAAAAAUUCCUGAAGAAUUUUCAUGGGAAGAUGUGAAUGGUCAAGAUUAUUUGACCCCUGUGAGAAACCAGUACAGUUGUGGAUCAUGCUUUGCUUUCGGCACCAGUGAAAUGCUUGGAAUGAGAGUUAGAAUUAAGAGCGGUCUUUCCAAAACCGACAUAUUCUCUCCACAAGCCAUUGUCGAUUGUAGUCCUUAUUCUCAAGGCUGCAGUGGAGGAUGUGUCUAUCUUGCCUCCAAAUAUGUACAAGAUUAUGGACUCGUUCUCGAUCAAUGUCUCCCUUACAAUGCCUCAAUGAGAGUUGCCCAAACAUGCACCAUCAAUCAACAAACUGCAUGUACAAAAUUGAGAGUUUCGAAUUAUUACAAUGUUGGUGGUUAUUAUGGAGCUUCAAAUGAAUUGAACAUUAUGAUGGAUGUCUUGAAAAGAGGUCCAAUUGUUGCUGGAUUUAUGGUUUACAAUGACUUUUUCUAUUACAAGAGUGGUAUUUAUACUCACAUUCCAACAGAAAAAUACGAAACUUCAUCAACAGAUAAGAAAUUACCCAAAUUUUACUACAUUAAUCACACAUUAAUCAUUUAUGGAUGGGGAAUCGACAAGUCAACUGGUCAAAAAUAUUGGAAUAUUCAAAAUUCUUGGGGAUCUAAAGAUUGGGGAAUGAAAGGUCGUGGUCUUGUUGCUAGAGGUGAUAACACUGGAUUUAUUGAAAGUGAUGCUGAAGCUGCAAUUCCAAUCAUUUCAAAUCUUUGAAAAUAAAGAAAUCUUUGAAGAAUUUUUUAGAUUUUUC